GUAGAUAAUAUGUAAACAAUACAACCGGCAUUUUGCGCUAACGAGUUACCGCAAUAUUUUACAGACAGAAAUCACAGAACGUCAACCGCAACGAGAAUAUGGGUCUACGCAAGGAUGAAGAACAAAUUAAAGAUAACAGGAACGCUUUGGGAACCAUUUCCAGUAUGCUCCAAACCAUAAGAGAAUGAGGAAGAAAGAAAUAGCAGAACACGGUAUAUGCAAGAUAAUGAUGUGCUUAAAGCAAAAAAUAUAUAGAAGCAAAAUCAAGCAAUUAUGAAAAUAAAAGUGGAGAGUAAAGAAAAAUAGAAGAAAGCGAUGUGCAUUAUGAAAGGAAACACAAGGUUGAUUGAGACACCGGUUAGCUUACAGCCUUCAGUUAUGAAGACCGAGCCAAAGGGACUUUCCCCAAAGAAGAAUCUUCCCUCCAGCUCGUUCUCUAAUUCUCCUCGGCGUAAGAAGAAGACGGGAGUCAGGCAAGCAAGGAGGAUUGAUAACAACAAUUUUUUGAAGACAUUGCUUGAUGAAGACUACCAAGUUGGAGAGCCAGAUAUCAGUGACUUUAUCUCCUCGCAUUCCAGUGCAUUUGAACAACUCUUCUUGCAGGAGAAAAAUAUGGAGAUCUGGAGUGAGUUCAUGAACCGAUCAGGAGAGGAACAGGAUCGUUUCCUACAGGAAGUAGAAGAAGGGAUGAUCCGGGUUGCCAAGAAAGCAUCCCUUGAUCAGGACAAGAAUGUUAACAGUUUUACCAAGCCAGAGGUCCCAGCUAAAGUAGAGGAGGCUCCAGUGGAGGUCCAGGACAAGAGAAGUGAGCAUCCAGCUCACUCACCCAAGGACUGCUUCAGUAGGAUCAGUACUCGUCUUCAAACCAUGCUCCGAAGAAGGCACCUCCCAAAGGGAGCCAUUGAGCUCCAUGAAGAAGAGCUCCUGAUGUGGUUUACGGAGGAUCCUGGAUCAGUGUUCAUCUCCAGUUUACAUAGUAGCUUUGAUCGGCUCCUUCUCCAUGCUGUUUGCCAGUACCUAGGCCUCAGCUCAGAAAGUUUUGACUGUGACGGACAACGGCAAACCCGUGUGGAGAACAACAACGAAUCGUUCCAUCCUCCGGCUGUUCUCCUCUCAAGCUACCUGGAUUCAUUGAGAUAAUGAAAAGCUUCUGAGGAAAAUCUACCACAGGGAUAGUCCUGGGGGCCGUUUCAUAAAGCUGUUCGUAAGUUAAGUGCGACUUUAAGAACGACUGGUGAACCUUUCUUACGCGCUAACCCAUCGCCAAUGAAUAUACCAUUUACCACAAGAAAGGAUCACCAGUCGUUCUUAAAGUCGCUCUUAACUUACGAACAGCUUUAUGAAACACCCACCAGGUUAUAACCACUUCCCACAUUAUUCUUCUAGUCGGCAAGCACACACACACAUACACACAUAUGAAUUGGAUAAAUGUUAUGAUGAUACAAUCUUUGGAGGUGCUUCAUUACAUGUAUAAUCAUGAUACAAAAUUAUAUCAGUUCACAAAAUCAAAUGUUUGGUGAUAUAAAUUCAUCUUGAAAUUUCACAAUGUGAUUUUGAUAUUAUAAUAGUAAUGAUAAUUACAAUUUAAGGGUCUCUAUGUAGCCUUAACAAUCAGAAUACAUACGAUCAUGAAAGUUCAUCUGUGUUGGUGAACCAAAGUUCAACAAAAUCGUAAUCAGAAUACAUGAGUAAAAUGGUGCAUUCUGGGAAUGGGACCAGGAACCAAUUGGGUACAGUUUGGACUUGAGUUGAUGCUAUUCAAAGUAGCUUUGUCACUUUGCAUUUAAAUUUGAAAUGCAUACAUGUAUUGUAAAACAGGACAGGUUAUGAUAGGAGAGUUUUUUUUUUUUUUUUUUGGGGGGGGGGGAUGCCAAAAGUCACAUCAGUUGAUCUAACUCCAAAUGGAUGGAUGGCAUGUCAUUGGAAAUAACAUAAUAGAUCUGUAGCCCGUAACACUAAACUUAGCAAUGAUCAUAGAACAUUUUUCUACGAUCGAUUCCAUUGACUGCAAUGUACAAUCAAUCGUGAAAAUCAAGUGUACGAUUGAUUGCUAACGUUUGUGUUUUAGACCCUGGUCAGUCUGGGGUUGGUUUCACAGGUGUAAGUGGAGCAAUAUUUGGUCCAUUGGAAGACUGUUGAUAUUACAUACAUGUACAUGUAGUCAUAAUCAUUGAAUUCUGUCUUCAUAAUGGCAUACAGAUAUAUAUAUAUUUGCAUAGUGAGAUAGAUCUCUUCAAUCAUGUUAGCAUACAGUGGCGGAUCCAGGAUUUCAAAAUAGAGGGGGAGCAAAGAGCAACUUGAAUAAUAGAGGUAGCGGCAGAGACUAUUUGAUUAGAGCUACAGAUAAAGGUUUAUUCAAUGAGUGAUUAACAAAAACAUAAAGGGGGUGCACACCCCUUCCUCCCCUGGCCUGGAUCCGCUACUGUCUUAUAGGCAAAUAUUCUUUGUAAAAAUCACUGUCAAAUAUGUCAUUUCUCUUGAAAAAGAAAUAGGGAUAAUGACUGCGCAUGACAUCGCUGUAUCGUAAACGACUACCUUGCAAAUUGUUACUCUUUCUAAGUGAAUAGCUUUAUGUGUAUAUGUAUUAUGUACCAUGUACAAGUUUGAAGGUAUAUUCAACUAUUAGCUGUGUGCUCUAAAAGUUUGCUACAUGUAGAUCGUUGGUUGUGCUUAAGACAAUUUUUGAAUUAUGACAGGAUAGAGGUUUGUGGCAUUGUCUAGUACUGUGUACUAUUUAUAGGUUCAUAACUUGAAGUGUAUAUGUAAUCUAAAGUAAGUUUCCUAGAAGAGAGAGAUUGUGGAAUAAUGUCAAGUAAUUGGAUGUGAGUUAUUAAUAUCUUGUAUCGGUGGAUGUGAAAUGCUAUAAAAAGUUUGUAUCAGUCAUUAUGUACAUGUCACCUCAGAAUCUGGGAAUUUUUCCAGAACUAGUUGCAAGUUUUCAUUUUUAUUGAUGCAUAAAUUCCUAGUUCCAUGCAAUAUAGAUCAUCACGACAUUAUCCAUACAAUGUACAGGGGACACACUUACGAUAAAGUCAUUGAAUUAUGACUUAAUGUUAACAACUUUUUUCAAUAUUGGUCCUUCUUACAUUUAUCCCUCAAAUUUAGUCAUUUUUUAUUGGAAAGACAUUCAUUUUUUUUUCAAUUCAAAUUUCUAUUAAUUCACACAAAAAAACUAGAAAGUAUUUACAUAUAUUUAGCUUAUGUUCAAUUUUGAUGAUCAUAUUUCUGUAUUCUCAGCAAUUACACAAUUUCUACUAGAAUCGUUUGUCUCAUAUUUUUUAAUUUUUACUUUUUUUUGUUGGUCAUUUUAUUAGAUUCCGUUCAAUUUUUUUUUGAGAUUGUUACCAUAACUGGCAUUCAUGUUCUAGCAUGUUAACAGGACUGAGGCUUGUUUUAGCAUGUUAACAGGAUUGAGGCUUGUUUUAGCAUGUUAACAGGACUAAAGCUUGAUUUUUACCUACUGGUAGCACGGAAUGAGUCUGUAGGCCCUACUGAUUUGCUGUGAAUUUUAAUAGUUUAACUAUUUGAUACAAAUUAUAUUGUUUUAUCCUAUUUAUUAUAUGACAUUGGGAGAUCUUAUAUUUCAAUCAGGAUUGUAUGCAAAUAAUGGAUAGAUAUUUCAGAAGGUCAUUUUAGAAUUUUUAAUUGAAGAUAAUGAAUGCACAUUUAUACGUGUUAUUAAAACAUCAUACUUGAAUUUACAUGUAGUUUCAUGUAGCCAUACAGUAACUGAAGAAAGCAACGAAAUCUGAAUAUAAGCCAUUAUAUCAAGUUAUUUAGUGACUUUAUACAAAUGAAGCUAUUUCAUUGAGACUAGAUUAAUGGCCCUUUCUUGUUCAAUAAUUGUAAUUUAUCAUUUGUGUGUAUAUGAUAUUGUCAAAGUAAUAGACCCUUCCCUAUUUUGCUGAAUUUGGUGACAUAUAUAAAAGAUUUCAACACUCAGAGAGAAAGGCGUCAUGGUAUUGUACAUUGUAGGAUCACUGUGUAAAAAAGUGCUAUCCAUUUUUAUCAUGAAUUGUGGAUUAUCUGUCAAUAUCUUGUUCCUCUUUCUCAUUUGAAUUAGAUGUAAUCUGUCCCAUUUUGGAGACCUGUGCAUCUGUUUUCCACACAUGUAUGUUCUAGGCUGCUAAUCAAAAAUUAUGGAGCAGAAAUGGGAAUCAAUAUGGUGGAACUUUAAUCACAAUGGACCAUCACAGUUGUCUUUUGUUCUAGAAUGUGAUUGAUGUUUGAAAAAAAAAAUCAAUUUUAACUAUGGAAAGCCUACUAGCUCUUUCAUUUGUCAUCUAAAGUGCCCCCUUGUGAGUAUUAGGAGUAGAGUGACAAGUCAAAGCCAUGGCACAUGCACAGGAGGAGGGAUAUUAUCUCUCGGAAGCAUGGUGUUUUAACCAUAGGCCUGAAUUUCAUACAGGGGUGAUUUUAAAUAUGUGGUCUGAAACCGAUUUAUACAGAUUCAAUGCAUCAGCCAUGCUUAAUCAAUGGUAUAAUGAGACACUAAUCCAACAAUGAAAAUGUGCAUACACUAUGGUUGCAUACCAAGGACUCAAAAUCCCCUUUGUGAAUUCUGGCCAUAGGUUUCAGGUAACAAAAAUAUUACACAGCUGGCUUUCCAUAGUUGAAAUCAAUUUGAACCAAUCACGCGAUGGGAACUUGCACUGGAUGGCUCUUUCAUUUUCAUGUUUAUACUACAAUCAACAACCAAUGAUCUGUUUCGUAUGGAAAUUAUUCACUACACACUCACUAGAAAUAUUUUAGUUUUUAUUUUGAAGUGUUCAUAUUUACUUGAACAAAAUUAUUAACAAAACUUUUAAUCUACCUCCGGAUUUUUCGAAGUUCUGUCUUUUAAACUUGAGAGAGAUUUUUAUUCAGCUCAAUCAGGAUAUUUUUGAAUGAUUUUAAUUUGCCUUUCUUUGAUAUACUAGUAUUUGCAUAAACAUGAUGAACAUAUUUUAUUAUUUUUAGUAAUGAUAUAUUAUUUACAUGUCUUUACAUGAUACAUUUUGAAUAUAUUUUAUUAAUUACCUUUUAAAGGAGCAUAUUAAUCAUUCUGUACUCUAUUACUAGUAUUUUUCUUAUACUAGAUUUAGCAUUUUCCUGUAGUGCAGGAGGCUGGUGAAUUGAUAAGAUUCUUUUAUCACCGAAUUCUUCAUGAUGGUCUUAUUUUGUUAACCAACAAAGUACCUAUGAAACAACAUAAUUUUAGUAAUCUGUGAUUUGCUGAAUGAAUCAUUCAUUCAUUGGGUCUUAUAUUCAUAAAGGCUUUUAAAAUAAAAUGUAUGAUUUGUCAUUAUUAUUAUUACUACCAACAAAUGAAUCAAAUACAAAUUCUGUGUACGGCAAAAGUUUUAAAGCUAUCUAAAUUUUAGGAAAACAUUUUAACAGAAACAUAUAUUGAUAGUUGAAAAUGCAUUUUGAAAUUAUUGGCUGUGUAAUAAUCAAUCGAAAAUUAUAUCAUGGUGUAUGUGUAAUUUGAUUUGGAUUCUAAUGUGGAGUAUUAAGAUUUUGAUUAACAACACCUAGAUUUCUCCUGUGUGGAAGCUCAUUUUGAGGAUUAUGUACCUUAAAUAUAUUAUAGAUCAAUGUGA